AUGUUUCGGUGUAUACCUAUUUUUAAAGGCUGCAACAGACAAGUUGAAACGGUAGAUAAGAGACAUUGUUCUUUAAUAAAUGUUCCUGAAGAUAUUUUAAGGUAUUCGAGGAGUUUGGAGGAGCUGUUAUUAGACGCCAACAGGAUACAAGUUCUUCCAAAGAAUUUUUUUCGUUUACACAGGCUGAGGAAACUUGGUUUAAGUGAUAACGAAAUUAAUAAUUUGCCGUCGGACAUUCAAAAUUUCGAACAUCUCGUCGAGCUUGAUGUUUCCAGAAAUGACAUCCCGGACAUCCCAGAGAGCAUCGGCCAGCUCAGGCUGCUCCGCGUGGCCGACUUCAGUUCGAAUCCGAUUCCACGUCUUCCGCCCGCCUUCAGCCAACUCAAGUCGCUCACGCUUUUGGGCCUCAACGACAUGUCGCUCACAUCGUUGCCGCACGACUUCGGCCAACUCACCUCGCUCACGUCGCUCGAACUCCGCGAGAACCUGCUCAAGGAGUUGCCGGCCUCGCUGGCGAAGCUGACCAACUUAGAGCGGCUGGAUUUGGGCGAUAACGAAAUCGAAGAGUUGCCGUCCCAUAUAGGUAAACUCCCAGCUCUUCAAGAACUCUGGUUGGAUCACAACCAACUCCAAAGCCUUCCGCCCGAAAUCGGCCAACUCAGCAACCUUACCUGCCUAGAUUUAUCAGAAAACCGCUUAGAAUACCUUCCCGAGGACGUGGCGGGUUUAGAAAGCCUUACGGAUCUGCAUCUGUCACAAAAUGUAUUGGAAACGUUACCGGACGGUAUAGGAAAAUUAGAAAAACUGACGAUCCUUAAAGUAGAUCAAAAUCGAUUGACUUCGCUAAACAGCAAUGUAGGACAUUGUCGAAAUUUGCAAGAGUUGAUACUGACAGAGAACUUUUUGAGCGAACUUCCUGUGGAGGUCGGAAAGUUAGUUAGACUUACCAACUUAAAUAUAGAUAGGAACAGCCUAACGUCGAUACCCGAAGAAAUAGGCAAUCUUGAAGAACUAGGCGUGCUAAGUUUAAGAGACAACAGACUUACAAUGUUGCCUGACACCCUAGGCAAUUGUGUCAGGCUUCACGUGCUCGACGUAUCAGGAAACAGGCUUCCUUAUCUUCCUUACACCUUGCUACAGUUGAGCCUUAAGGCUGUGUGGUUGAGCGAUAAUCAAGCGCAACCUUUGUUGACUUUUCAGACUGAUAACGAUCCUGAUACGGGGAAAACGGUGCUAACUUGUUUUUUAUUGCCGCAGCAGGAGUACCAACCGACUAUCGCUUCUGAAGGCCGCUUUUACCCGCGCGACGUUACGCCAGGCUUUUGUUCUAACGGUAGUACCUUGUCCCGUACAGAUGGCGCUGCGACGGAGGACGAUGACGACGACGACGAUUGGCGCGAGCAAGAGGCCAGUCGGACGCACUCCGUCAAAUUUACGGACCCGCAAGAGAAGGAUAACAGAGAGACUCCGUUCGUACGUCACAACACGCCACAUCCUAAAGAACUCAAAGCAAAGGCACACAAACUAUUUGGAAAAGGUCAAAAUUCCAUUGAAGAAAGCGAUCAACAUGCUAACGAUACCAGCGCCAUGGCUGUCGAAGCUAUCAACCAACAUAUUAGGCGCAGCGAAACCCCACAGAUUAUAGAACCGGACACAGACUCAAAUAUGGGAAAUGGGCAGAUAGAAGAAAGCAGUGAACCCAGCCAAGAUGACGAAGAUACAGAUGAGGACCACGUGACGCUGCGUCGCGUCGGAUUCGUCGGAGGCACGUCCUCGGCGUCAUCGGCCGACGAACGAGAUUCGUCGAUGAAGCAGAACCGACUGCACAGGCGCGACACUCCCCACCAUCUAAAGAACAAACGAAUCACGACGGUGCCGAUCGACAAAGACAAGGUGGCUUCGAUCAUUGCACAGGCCCUUAAAAGGAAAGAAGACGAAAGUGACAGGACAAGCGUUUCGACCCCUCCAGGCUCCGUCGGAGAUCGCAGUUGCUCCUCCAGUCAAGCUGGCGACUCAGACGCUGCUGUAGAACUCCGCGAAGAAAAAUACGAAAUCCACAUUGAACGUUCCCAAACAGGUCUAGGUCUCUCCAUAGCCGGCGGUCGAGGUUCGACUCCUUUCAAAGGCGACGAUGAAGGCAUUUUUAUAUCCAGAGUGACAGAAAGCGGUCCUGCGGACCUAGCAGGUCUCAGAGUAGGCGAUAAAGUCGUAACUGUCAACGGAGUCAACGUUGUAUCCGUCAGUCAUUACGAUGCCGUAGAAGUACUCAAAGCAUCGGGCCCAGUACUGAUCCUUGAAGUAACUCGAGAAGUUACUCGGCUCAUCAAACCUCCCAAUACAUCUAUAGGUACUAAAAGCAGUCCAUCUCCGUCUCUAAGCAGCAGGAGUGAUGUUGGCGUUAAGAACGUCAUUCCACCUCCUCUGCCCCCGCCUCUCGAAGAUGAUGUUCAAUUACAAAAGGUUCUUGUGCACACAACUUUGAUUAGAGAUUCGAGGGGGUUAGGAUUUAGUAUUGCUGGAGGAAAAGGAUCGCAGCCUUUUAAAUCAGACUCCGAUGCCAUUUUUGUGUCUCGUAUUACUGACGGAGGUGUCGCCGAUAAAGAUGGUAAACUUCUUGUUGGCGACAGAGUAAUUUCUAUAAAUGGCGUGGAUCUGUCUGGUGCCAGCCACGAUCAAGCUGUGGGCAUGCUCACUGGCUUGGAACGUUUUGUAAGACUCGUGGUGGAAAGGGAGGUUCCGUUAGAGAACAAUGGAGAGAAUCCCAGUCCGGGGCCGCAGCAGAGUCCUAGGCUUUUCGGACUACCGAAACCUUAUACUGGAUUGUACGCUUCUAAUAGUUACAUGGCGAAUAGACCUGGAUACACUACUGGAUAUAGAAGAAGCGCUGAACUUGAAAAGAAGACAUCUGAAUCUCCAGAACCAACAAAGCCCCCGACACCAACUCCGAUCUUAUCAGAAACGCCGAAAACCAACGGUAUUGACCACACCGCGCCCAAAGAAGUACCAAAACCCGCCCCUCGACGCAUCAACUCCACAUCCAGCGAAACUUCACAGUCUUCACAGCCACCCCAAACAGCUCAGAAACUCCCCUCCACCGAAAAAACGGCUUCGCAAACCAACCACAAGAAGACAUCGUCACACUCGUCGCUCGAGGACGACACGCAGGUAUUUUCGAGGCCAAUCACCAACGAAGAGUUCCAAGCGAUGAUCCCGCCCCAUUUCCUCAAACAAACCCCCACUCCUACUAGUACCACUCCCACUAAUUCUUCCCCCAACGCGACUAGUGAUAACGUUACGAAUUCGGUAACGACGGUAACGAUUAAGAGGCCGGAACCUCCAAUCGAGUUGCCGCCGCCCCCCACGGGUCCGGGGAGGGUCACGGAGAUCAUCACGAAGAGUACCUUCACGGAGACGGUGGUCACUAGGAUCACGGACAAUAAGUUGGUAGAACCGUUGAUCAUUGAGGAUGUUUCGUUAAGUAAAUUAGGAGGAUCAUUAGGUUUCAGUAUUAUAGGAGGUACAGAUCAUUCCAGUAUUCCGUUUGGUGCCAAGGAACCAGGCAUUUUUAUUUCACAUUUGGUUCCUGGUGGUACAGCAGCAAAAAGUGGUAAAUUAAGAGUAGGCGAUCGAAUUUUGAAAGUAAACGGUACAGAUGUCACCCAUGCUACUCAUCAGGAAGCUGUAAUGGAACUUCUUCGGCCUGGGGACUACAUAACGCUUUGUAUAAGACACGAUCCGCUGCCAGAAGGAUACCAGGAAUUGGUUAUUGAAAAAACGGAUGCCGAAAAACUUGGUAUGCACAUAAAGGGUGGCCUUCAAGGGCAGCGGGGGAAUCCCCUAGAUAGAUCCGACGAGGGAGUUUUCGUAUCCAAAAUUAACUCCGUUGGUGCCGCCAGGAGGGAUGGUAGACUGAAAGCCGGCAUGAGAUUGUUAGAAGUGAACGGAAAAUCGUUAUUAGGUGCAACUCAUCAAGAGGCAGUUAACGCACUAAGAGCUUGCGGAAACGUUAUCCAUAUGGUAGUUUGUAAGGGUUACGACAAAAGCGAUGUGGACAGGGCAGUGCAAGAUGGCCGACUAAACAGGAGUAGUUCUGUUAGCAGCAGAUCACAGAGCGUGAGCUCUUUGGAUGUUCCUGACGAAGAUAGCCAACAUGAACAAAGGGCGAAAACGGAAUUGUUGCAAUUUGAAAAAGAAGAGGCUGAGAGGCGUCUACAACCUAUAAGCCAAGAGGAAGAAGAUGAGGAGGAGGAGAACUUGUCAAUUGUCGAAGCAAAACCGCCAUCGCCCGCUGAAAAAGUUUUGGACGUAGUACGAGCAGUAGAAACGUUAGCACAUGGCCCAAUAGAGAACUCCAUACCACCUAAAUCGCCAAAUUCUGAACUAAAAACCACCACGAUAGUGAUGAGCAAACACACUUUAGCGCCUACACCUACCACGGACGACCUAUUGCAUGCAUCUACGCUACCAAAAUCUACAAAACCUAACACAGAUGUGGAUACAGGAACCUUACAACCAAAUCACAUUCAGAAAAACACUACUAAUAUUGAUGAUGAAAUUAGUACCUUAACCGAAAGCUUGCCAAACGUAAUACCUCCUCCCCUGAAUUACUCAGAAAUAGAAACAGAUCAGUAUGAGCAUAUGAAUUACACUAACCAUUAUGCCGCCCCGACUAAUACGAGUUAUUCUGUACAUCCUCCAAGAGUCAGUAGUGAUUUUUCCAAUAAUAAUAAUAAAUUUUCUUUUAAUAUGCCUCCUCACGAUCAACCAUUUCAAAUUAACGUUUUUAACAAUAUGCCUCAGCCUUACAACACAUAUCAAUAUGACUAUAUGAGUAAUUUUACCGGUUACCCAAUAGUUCCACCUCCCACAGAUAGUCUCUCAAGUUUGACAGGUACUCAACUACUCGCUGAUGAUGAUAUCAUCGUAGUACCACCUCCACCUCCAUUAGAUCUAGAUGAUACGCCUUCUAUUAGGUCUUUAUCUCCAACUCCAAUUUUAGACUACCGAUCCUCUCCCACAAAUUUCAUGAGGUCUCCGUCGCCGCCACCGCUUCCUAAAACACCGCCUCCUCCGCUCCCCACUCAACCGCCCCCGCCUCUAGAUGAUGAUGUUUUCACUAAGGAAAAAAUAUUAGAAACAUCUGUCCAGGUAACAACUACAACGUCUUUAAAUAAAAACAAACACUUAAGGUUUGCAGAAGACGAUAUUGUUACUCCACCAAUUGGAGCAUUAAAAAAACUUGUUACUAGUUUAAAGGACGAUGUUGUCGCUUCUUCUGGAGUUACAGAAGAUUUAGAAGUUUCUGUAACGGCUAUUACUGAAAAUAAUAAUAAAGAAAUAUUGACGGUUCAAACAGAAACUGAAGAACCUCUUCAGCAACAUCCUACAGAUAAUGUAUUGGUACCCGCAAAUACUGAUAGAAGGAAUAGAGUUUUUGUGACAAGUUUGACGGAAACGGAGAAGGUGACACCUCCACCUUUAGGAGCUGUUAAAAAACGCGUAACAUAUUCCCUGGAAGAUCCAUUGGAAUAUUCCGACACUGAGAAUAUGGAUCCGCCUGAUUAUAAAAGGAUUGUAACAAAAAUAUCGGAAACUAACGUACCUUUAAGAAUACAUAACCAACCAUCAAUCGAUAGAAAUACCAAAUUCAUUAGAAGUUGGGCCGAUACUGAACAAACAACAAGUAGUCAUGAACUUACUACUAAGAAUCGACAUUUUACACCAGCACCGUUUAAACUUACACGUCCCACGUCAGAAAUAUAUGAGAAACGUGCCCUAUCUCCAACCCCGCCUACCACUCCCACUACACCUACCAGACUUAUCGUGCGACCUCAAGUUCCUCCCCCACCUAUUCCGAAGGGUGCGGUUAAGAAAAUUCCACCACCUGUACCUGUUAAAACUUCAAAAAUCACGCCUGCGCGAAGCGAAAAUAAUCUUUUAGAGUCUGAUUAUUUAAAAAAUAAACAUUCUAGAGUUACUGUUCCAAAUAGGCCUGUUUCUUUGGUAAUUUCUGAUCGAAAGGAUAUGGCUUUUCCUAGUGGAAAGUUAGGGACGUAUGGUACUGUGGCAAAGCCUCCACAGUCUCCUCAAAACAAUCCACCAAAGCAGUCUGUGAGCGAUAGAAAGAAAUUUUUCGAAACGGCUAUGGAGGAAAGUCAAAAACCUUCAAAACCAGAAAAAGUGUUCAGUUAUUUGAGUGCUGACGAAUUAGAGAAGCUAAAAGCUGAAGAAGAAAAGAAGAUAGCGACUCUAUCGACUUCAGACAUUAAUUCUUUGCAUGAACUUGACCAUUCCGACGGAGAAUCAGCGGAGUCACAGCGUUCUAGACCUUCGAGUACUAUCGGUAUAGUACGAACCGUAAAGGCCGAACGCCGACUUCGCGACCGUCUACGCGAAGAAGGACUUUUAACGGACGAAGACGACACUCCAUUGUCUCCUGCCGAAGAACGAGCUCUGCGAGCAGAGAAAAGGGCGGCAUGGAGAGCGGCAAGACUAAAAUCGCUCGAACAAGACGCCAUUCAGGCCCAAAUGGUCAUCAAGAGUAUGACGGAUAUGGUAGGCGUAGGGGAAUUACCGACUAUUACGUCACCCGUACCUCCGGCUACGUCUCCUGAGCCUCCGAACGAGAUUGACGGAAGUCCACAAAAAAAUGAGUUACGUCCCUCCAGCGCCGAUUUCCCCAAACUAGCCGUGAGGACGAAACCCGGCAACACCACAGUUCGCGAAAGCGAAAAGGUCCUGGGAGAAACGGUAACUAGAAGAACCGAAGAGUACGUCGACGAAACGGGGGAGAAACGGGUGAGGACCGUGGAAUAUGUUGAGAAGCUGAUCGAGAGAGAGGUAUAA